CGUCAAUCGGAAAUUUUCUCGAAGAAAGGAACAAACACUUACAGGUACGAAGACUACGGAUGAAUGAACACAAUAGUUAUCCAGAAUCUCUUCGUAUGGUCGUUUUCUGUUGGACAACCUGAGUUGCAUGCCAUGUCGCACGAAACAAAGCCCCGUUUAUUGUGCAGGAUUUCCACAUAUAAAGCAUCAGCAUCUUCGAAGAGCAACCCAGGUUGCAAAAUCAGCUUCCCAUGAAACUCUUCGCAUUCGUCCUUUCCGCUGUGGCUAUCGUGGCUGGAGCUCCUUUGGGCUCUGAACCCGCCAGUACAGUUGACAUCGCCUCCCGUGCCCCCAAUGCAGGAAACCCAGGUUUCUAUUAUUGCAAAGACGACAACUUCGAGGGCAUCUGCACAUAUUCCACUGUAGAUAGUGGAAAAUGUAUCACCUUCGCACCAGGUGACGCCUGGUACGAUAACAUUUCGUCCGUGCGUCCGGAUGUUGGGAUGACCUGCACGCUUUACUCUUCGGUGGGAUGCGGAGGAACUGCUUUCUCUGUUAACGGAGAGAUUCCGAGUCUCCUUGCGGUGGGAUGGGAUGAUUUAACGCGUUCAUACAAGUGCGACAGAAGGUGAGGGGCGAGGUGAAGGAAUAUCGCCCCCAGACGACCUUGCUUGGCUUUCUCUAUAGCAACAUAUCCGUGUGCAUACAGUACGAAAAACAAGGGCAACAGUGUUCAUUCAACCUGGUAAUACUUAUUUGAUAUCAGA